UUGAACGACAAAAAAGGCAAGCGAGGGCAAGUCCCCGCCUCCCUCCCAUGGCGGGGCGGCUAUAAAAGCCGCGGCACCCCCCGCUCGCUCACCAGCUCUCCACCAAGAGCUACCAAACAUCCCCUUUAAUCCCUACCACGCGUGUUCCACGUAGCUAGACACCGAUCGACCUUCCUCCGCUUCCCUUUCCGCUUUAGUUGUUCUUGUUGUUGCUAGUUUCCCUCCACCGAUCGAGCCCCAGAUCUGCAAGUGCAAAGACGAGAUGAAGAUCACGGUGCGCGGGUCGGCGACGGUGGUGCCGGCGGAGGAGACGCCGCGGCUGCGCCUCUGGAACUCCAACCCGGACCUGGUCGUGCCGCGCUUCCACACGCCCAGCGUCUACUUCUUCCGCCGCGGCGACGCCGACGCGGAUGUCGCCUGCUACUUCGACGGGGACCGGAUGCGGCGCGCGCUGGCGGAGGCGCUGGUGCCCUUCUACCCGAUGGCGGGGCGGCUGGCGCGCGACGAGGACGGCCGCGUCGAGAUCGACUGCAACGCCGAGGGCGUGCUCUUCGUCGAGGCCGACGCGCCCGACGGCGCCGUCGACGACUUCGGGGACUUCGCGCCCACCAUGGACCUCAAGCGCCUCAUCCCCGCCGUCGACUUCACCGGCGGAAUAUCGUCGUACCCGCUGCUCGUCGCACAGGUGACCCACUUCAAGUGCGGAGGCGUGGCCCUCGGCAUAGGCAUGCAGCACCACGUCGCCGACGGCUUCUCCGGCCUGCACUUCAUGAACUCAUGGGCCGACCUCUGCCGCGGCGUCCCGAUCGCGGUCAUGCCGUUCAUCGACCGCACCCUCCUCCGUGCCCGCGACCCGCCGGCCCCGACCCACCCGCACAUCGAGUACCAGCCCGCGCCCGCCAUGCUGGGCUCCGAUGAGCCGCAGGCCCUGGCCGCCGGCAAGCCGGAGGCGCCGCCCACGGCCGUGGACAUCUUCAAGCUGUCCCGCUCCGACCUCGGCCGCCUCCGCGCGCAGCUCCCCACGGGCGAGGGCGCGCCGCGGUUCAGCACGUACGCGGUGCUCGCGGCGCACGUGUGGCGAUGCGCGUCCCUGGCGCGCGGCCUGGCCCCGGAGCAGCCCACCAAGCUGUACUGCGCCACGGACGGCCGGCAGCGGCUGACGCCGACGCUCCCGGAGGGGUACUUCGGCAACGUCAUCUUCACCGCCACGCCGCUCGCCGAGGCUGGCAAGGUGACCGGCUCGCUGGCGAACGGCGCGGCCACGAUCCAGGCGGCGCUGGAGAAGAUGGACGACGAGUACUGCCACUCGGCGCUGGACUACCUCGAGCUGCAGCCGGAUCUGUCGGCGCUGGUCCGCGGCGCGCACACGUUCCGGUGCCCCAACCUCGGGCUCACCAGCUGGGUGCGCCUCCCGAUCCACGACGCCGACUUCGGCUGGGGACGGCCCGUGUUCAUGGGACCCGGCGGCAUCGCCUACGAGGGGCUCGCCUUCGUGCUCCCCAGCGCCAACCGCGACGGCAGCCUGUCGGUGGCCAUCUCGCUGCAGGCCGAGCACAUGGAGAAGUUCCGGAAGAUGAUCUUCGACUUCUGAAACCAACAUGCAGCACCUGCGCAACCGCAGCCGCAACGGGAUGCAGCGCAGAAAGAGAGACGAAGGACCUGAGCAAAGUGCAGAAGGCGAUAUUGGUUACAGCUUACUAGGAUGCAGCAAAUGAUUCUUUGAUUUCCAGACGUAGUUCCUGCAUGUAUCCCCUUCUUCCUUGCCCUUGUUGGGCAGGACAUAUUUUGUGCAUCUUAUCAAAUUUCCAAAAAUCUAUUUGCACAACGGACAGUAAAUAGAUGCAAAAUAUGAACAAUAUAAAUGCCAAUAAGGUUAUUCUUAUUUA